AUGAAGGCUAUAGUGUUUUACACGGCCGCCACGGUCGAGGCGUUUGUUUUUUGCUUUUGCGGGGAAUACCUCAGUGCCAAGAGCAAAAUGAUCGGCGACGCCGCGUACAAGUCAUUCUGGUACGACUUGAAUCCCAACCAGAACAAAUACAUCCUAUUCGUAAUAUUGAGGUCGCAGAGGAGGCUUACCAUUACGGCCGGGAAGAUGAUGGAUCUGUCGUUGGAGGGAUUCACGAGC